UGUACCGUGAUCGCGUAUCCCGUGCUGCGAGUAAACGUAUCCUGCCGGUGCUCGUGUAGCGAGCUCGUGCCGGUGACGCCGAGACGUGUCCUCACCAUCAUCGUGCAAUCACAUUUCAAAAUCGCGUCUUUUUUUUUUCCCCAGUCGAAAAAGCCGAACGGCCGCUGCGCAUGGUGGGUGCGCACGCAAGGGAGAACGGCCUGCACCGCUCGCCGCCGCCGGCUCGGCCAGUCUGCUGGAAGAUUCCACUGUGAGAGUAGGCUUUCGAAAAGUUUCGCGGAACCGCCGGCGAGUUUUCGCGGAGACCCCCAGUCGUCGGCUCACCGGGACGUCACCGGACAGAUCAGCAGCAGCGAUCGUUCGCGCCGUUUCGAGGGUGGGUUGUCCGACGAGCUCGCGAAAUAAGUGAAGGAGGAAACGGGCGUAUCGGAAGGAAGAAAAAUACAGAUAUCCCGUCGAGUCCAUCGCGCGCUGUUUAUCCUGGGAAUCGAGCCGAGCGCGCGGGCGCCUCGAUACUCCGUGCAAUUGCGCCGACGACGAAGGAACGGAAGCAAGAUCCUGGAAGGAUCGGACGGAAGGAAAACAACGUACGCGAUACACGAGGGAGGAUAUGUAUCGGGAGCCGAACAGUUCGUCGGGCAGCGGCGCGUCUACCAAGGGCGACGAAGUCGAGCUCGUCAGUAGAUUCCUGGCGCCGCUCUGCGCCAGGGACGAGGCGGCCAGGAACAUCGCUCUGGCCGCGGCCAGGACAACCGUCGAAGGAUGGCUGGGUGGCGUCGGCAGUCCCAAUCGCUGGGAGGACGUCGGCGACAUCGAGGACACCCAGAACGCGGUCGGGAAACUCUGCAGUCAGGACGGAAGAUACGAUAUGAGCGUGGAGCGGUCGCCGACAAGGUCGUCACCGAGGAGCAUGCAUCAGCAGCAGCUGCUGCAGGACACGUUCCGGACGGAGGGUUUCUUCCCGCAGAGCGUGAACGACAACCCGGCGCCCUUCUUCGACGAGAAUAAUCCGGAGUGCUCGUUCGAUUGCGUGGACGGUCGCCUGCUGAACGAGAGGCGAAUCCGCGAGCGGUACGCCGGCGGCGACGGCGUCGAGAGCUGCAGGUCCGGCCACUCGACGUCCUCGGACGAGGGUAGCAAAGGUUUCAAGAUCGAGGGUAGAUGCCCACGCUUCGGGUCGAGUUGCGAGAGCGAGCGGAAGUAUCAUCCAGGCUCGUCGUCGAGUGACAGGUCGACGAGCGACGACUAUUGUUCCAGCAGGACGAAGAACAAUUAUGUGAAGGUGAAGGGCGCCAAGCAGAAGCAGCUGGAGGACGACGAGCUCGACGCGGACACGCGGAUUUACGGCAAGAGCCCCAAAUUUGACGAUAAUCUGAGCGGUCUCGCGUCGUUCGACUGCCGGAAUCUGAAUCGCCGAGCCAAGAUCGCCGGCGGCGACCUGCUGACGCACGAGCAGUGUCGAUACUACGACGGCGCCGGCGACGACAACAACGUGUCUUUCAACGAGAGCGAGGUGGCGCGCAGCGACGGGGUCGUCUUCAACACUCUCGACGGCUUCGAGAAUGAAAACGAGUCCGCUUACCGCCAAGACAUGAACUUGGAGAACCGCGAAACGGUGGUCUGCGAGGACAUUCCGGAGGACAACCGCCGGGCGCAGCAGGAUUAUCUGCGCAAGAACGACGAGAGGAAAUUCAGCGCCGGCCAGAUCAAAAGGCCGCUCUCGCAGGACGAGGACGUGUCCUCGAAGAGCGGUAGGGUGCUCGAGAGCCCGGAAGUCACGCCAGGUGACGUCGGCAGGAUGCUGAAUCUCGGUAACGCUCUGGACGGACCCAGGCAGGCGCAGGCCAACAAGUACCUCAGCCUGGUCACGCUACACCUACCAGUGAUUCUCAGGCUCAGCGUCAACUGUCCCUUUCAGAACGUUAGGAUCAAAUGCGCGGAAAUUCUCCAAAUGGUGAAGGAUAGAGGACUUCCAGUACCAGUGCCAGCUUUCGAUGGACCCAGUGCCUUCGUUCCUCUCGCGGAGCUGCCGGAUCUGAACAAUCUCGACGAAAAGACACAUGUGUUGUUUAUGGAUACCUUUCUCCAGAACACUAGGCUGGAUAACAUCUCGAGAGUAAUGUCGUCGCAUCCAGCAUAUCUGGAGCAUUUCAAUCGAACCCAAAACUUCAUCCUGCGGAACGAUGGACCACUUCCUUAUGAUUACCGACAUCUUAUUGCCAUUAUGGCCGCCGGUAGACACCAGUGUAGCUACCUUAUAAACCUGCAGAAGACAGAGUUUCUUCUUCAGAACGGCGAUCCCUCGUGGUUGAAAGGCCUGAAAUCGAUUCCAAGGAGGCUGCAAGAUCUCUACGAGAUCAACAAGAUCCUGGCCCACAGACCGUGGCUUCUGAAUAAAUCGCACAUAGAGAAAUUGGCCAAGGGCGACGAUAACUGGUCCUUGGGCGAGGUUGUCCACGCGAUCGUCCUACUAGCUCACUUCCACUCGCUGUCGUCUUUCGUAUUUUCUUGCGGAAUUAAUGAGGAGCUGGACAACGUCACCGGCCAUCAUUACAAGAACAUUCAGGACAGCAGUAAGGCGGUUCCGCCUGCCAAAGAUAAUCUCACCAGCAGUCCUAAGAAGAUCCCGAACAGCGACGGCAAGAUCGCUCCGCGAUAUCAAGUCAUCUCCGUUCACGCAGAAACCAUGCCGUCGCCGCCGUCGUCACCGAGCAUAGUCGGCGAGCAGGAGGUCGGUGUGGAGACUCUAAUGGAACGUAUGAAACGUCUCUCGGAGAAGUCCGAGUCCCACCAGAUCACGCAGGAGGAGCUAUCCAAAAGAUUCGAGACCGUUGAGACGCAGUCGGCCGAACUGGCCGCGGCGCCGCAGCGGAACACCACGGUCCUCGACUCGGACAUCGGUCUAUUUAUUGAGGAUCCCACUUUCAUCUAUCAGGAUUUCGCCAAGCGCGGUCAGCUGAACGACAUACCGACCUUCCGCGUUCAGGAUUACUCCUGGGACGAUCACGGCUACUCUCUGGUGAAUCGUCUGUACAACGACGUCGGCAAUCUCCUCGAUGACAAGUUCAAGACCGCGUACAACCUGACGUACUACACCAUGGGUACGCACAGCAAGGUCGACACGUCGCGCUUCCGUCGAGCGAUAUGGAACUACAUACAGUGUAUGUUCGGCAUCAGGCACGACGAUUAUGAUUACAACGAGGUGAACCAAUUGCUCGAGCGCAGCCUCAAAACCUUCAUUAAGAGCGCCGUUUGCUAUCCGGAGCGCGUCACCAAGAGGGAUUACGAUCGUGUCAUGAGAGAGUUCAAACACAGCGAAAAGGUCCACGUGAAUCUGAUGAUUUUAGAGGCUCGCAUGCAAGCGGAACUGCUGUAUGCCCUUCGUGCCGUGAUGCGGUAUAUGACCUAAAGCGGAGUGCCGCGUCGCCCCCUCGUCUGUUUGCUGUCUGUCAGUCUACAAUUUGUCGAUUUGUUUUCACGCGCCGUGGAUUCGCGGUGCACGGCGUGGAAGGAACGAGCGAGCGCGAUAUCAUCGAGUCUCAUACACGGAACAUCACACACAUUGUACGCGCUAUCGUAUGGCCGGUUUAUCAUCGAGUAAGUC